AUGUCUAUGAAUGGCGAGAAGUGCAUGGAUGAAUUUGAAUGUGACUCACGUGCGUGCGCUUCUUCAAAACUUCGGUUACACGGAUUCGAGCUACAUUUCAACUGCUUCGCUGCCCACCUCUUUCGGGAAUCUGCAAGUCCAGAUCCUACUGUUGUCGUGGGAGAAAGCAACGAGGAGACGGGUACCACGGAUGAAAACUACCUCAUUCACCAAUUUCUCAUGACCCUUAACCGUCAGUUCGAGUCUAUGAGGCAUUUUCCUUUUGAGUUGGCGCUUGGGACGCUACUUUUCAGCAGGAGCGUCGACGAGGGAGGGGUUACUUGCGUGCACUAA